AUGGGCGACGCCAACACCCUCCCCGACUACGUCCUCAACCCCAACGCCGUCCUCAACGACAAGGACGCAAAAUGGCGAUACAAGUCUCCCCCCGAUUACACGAAGACACGAGCGUUCUACGAGAAGACCAAAACCAUGACCCACGAAGCGGGCAGUCUCCCCGACCUCGUAUCAAAUCUCGUCAAGAACUGGGAGAUUGAAGCCAGUUUCAAGACCUCGCUCGAGGACUGGCGCACCAUCGACCAGAGCACAUAUACCUUCUCGUUGAACGGCGGCCCUCCCCAGACCGGCGACCAUAUGCUGAGAGUCGGAACCUACAAUGCCCUCCUCACCUCCAGCUCGUACUACGACCCCGAACAUAAUGAUUUCUCGGCCAGUCACAAGUCCUUCAAGCGGAUGAUGCCGACGUUUGCGUGGGAGGUGCUGGAGGUAUACAGCGGGCCGCCAGUUGUGAUCUUCAAGUGGAGACAUUGGGGCGAGAUGGUGAAUGAUUACGUAGGAUACAACAACCGUGGGGAAAAAGUCACAGUCAAGGCCCAUGGUGGACUCAUCGAUAUUCAGGGUAUCAUCGUUGCCAAGGUUAACAGCGCCCUGCAGCUCGAAAAGAUCGACGUCUGGUUCGAUACAAUGGAGAUGUUCCGCCAGAUUGCGCGCGAGGAAAAUACAGGUGAAGCGUCUGCUUUGGCUUCAGGCGCUACAGGCUGCCCUGUAUUGAGCCACGGAAGUGCUUGA